AGGCCGACACAGACGUUAGUCACAACUAGCGUCCCGCUUUGCCGGACCCUAAGCCACCAGGAGAAGGAGUCAGAAGGGGAAACUGAGGGAGGAGGGAUGGAGGAGGGUGAGCCGGAAUGAUGCAGGCUGUUAAGUUGCCCCAGAUGAGGCUGUCUACAUGAGGCAUGAGACUCUCGUCGCUUUCUCGAUUCGGGUCGUUGGUCUUUAUCAUCAAGAGAGAUGUCUCCACUGUGUGGUCUGGGGCGAAAUCCAUCGAUAGCUGCCCGGCUUCCCUGGAUUUCGCUGACGCCCUCCCCGCUUCGCUCCGCCUGAAAGGAUGGACGCAUUGGAGUCGGAGCUGACCUGCCCAAUCUGCCUGGAGCUCUUCGAGGACCCGCUGCUGCUGCCCUGCGCCCACAGCCUGUGCUUCAACUGUGCCCGACGCGUCCUGCUCUCUCAUUGCGCCUCCAGCGAGCCCGUAGAGUCCAUCGGCGCCUUCCAGUGCCCUACCUGCCGCUAUGUCAUUGCCCUGAGCCCACAGCGUGGCCUGGACGGACUCAAGCGCAACGUCACCCUGCAGAACAUCAUCGACCGCAUCCAGAGGGCGUCGUCUGCCACCACGCUGCUUCUGCCCACCAGUGGGCCCAACUCGCCAGGCGACGAGGGACGUCCUCCGCCUGCUUCUCUCGCCGCCAUGACCACCACUCCCUCCCCCGAACUGGUGCAGUGCCAGUUCUGUGAGCAGGACCCACCACAGGAUGCUGUGAAGACCUGCGUCACCUGCGAGGUGUCAUAUUGUGAGGAGUGCCUGCGUGCCACGCACCCCAACAAGAAACCCUUCACGGGGCACCGCCUCAUUGAGCCCCUGCCGGACUCGCACCUCCGAGGGCUGCAGUGCUUGGAGCAUGAGGAGGAGAAGGUGAACAUGUACUGCGUGACAGAUGAGCAGCUCAUCUGCUCCCUUUGCAAGCUGGUGGGCCGCCACCGCGACCACCAAGUGGCAGCACUGAGUGACCGCUAUGAGAAACUGAAGCAAACAUUGGACUGUAACCUCAGUAGUUUGAUCAAGAGGAACAACGAGCUGGAAUCUCUGAUGGGGAAGCUCAUUCAAACCUGCCAGCAUGUCGAGAUGAAUGCAUCACGGCAGGAAGGAAAGCUCAUGGAGGAGUGCGACCUAUUGAUCAAUAUAAUUCAGGAGCGGAGACAGAUCAUUGGUGCUAAAAUCAAAGAGGGCAAAACGGUCCGAUUGCGCAAACUGGCACAGCAAAUCGCCAACUGCAAGCAGUGCAUAGAGCGCUCCUCUGCUCUUAUAACUCAGGCAGACCAGACACUCAAAGAGACUGAUCAUGCCCGCUUCCUCCAGACUGCCAAGAGCAUCUCAGAACGAGUUUCCAUGGCGACCGCAUCCUCUCAAGUCCUGAUACCUGAGAUUAAUCUGACGGACACUUUUGACACCUUUGCACUGGACUUUACCAGAGAGAAGAAAAUGCUGGAAAGUCUUGAUUACCUCACAGCACCCAGUCCCCCUGGCAUCCGAGAGGAGCUGUGCACCGCCUCCUAUGACACCAUAACUGUGCACUGGACAUCUGAUGACGAGUUCUCUGUGGUUUCCUAUGAGCUUCAGUACGCUAUCUUCACUGGACAGUCCAAUAUUGUCAGUCUCUGUAACUCUGCUGAUAGCUGGAUGAUCGUCCCUAACAUCAAGCAAAACCACUACACGGUUCAUGGCCUACAGAGCGGUACAAAGUACAUCUUCAUUGUAAAGGCCAUCAAUCAGGCAGGAAGUCGCAGCAGUGAGCCUGGAACAUUGAAGACCAACAGUCAGCCAUUUAAGCUUGAUCCUAAGUCUGCUCAUAGGAAGCUAAAAGUGUCGCAUGACAAUCUGACGGUAGAGCGUGACGAGACAUCCUCUAAGAAGAGCCAUGGUCAGGAGCGUUUCAGCAGCCAGAGCAGCUACGGGGUCACUGGAAACGUCUACAUUGACAGCGGCCGCCACUAUUGGGAGGCUCUUAUUGGAGGGAGCACUUGGUACGCAGUGGGAAUAGCCUACAAGUCCGCACCCAAACAUGAAUGGAUUGGGAAAAACUGUUCCUCGUGGGUGCUCUGCCGGUGCAACAACUCCUGGGUGGUUCGCCACAACAGCAAGGAGAUGGCCAUUGAGCCCUCUCCCCAUCUGAGACGCGUUGGAGUGCUCUUGGACUAUGAUGCCGGUUCGCUGGCUUUCUACGAUGCCGUGGGCUCUCAGCACCUUCACACCUUCCAUGUUUCCUUCACCCAGCCAGUUUGUCCAGUCUUUAACGUAUGGAACAAGUGUCUCACAGUUCUAACUGGCCUCCCCAUUCCAGACCAUCUGGAGGGCGUGGAGCCCCUUGACUGACAUGGCAAUCAAAAGUGGACAUCUUGAGCUGCUUACAAUUGCUUUCACCAGCUCGGACUAUGUUAAGCUAUCCCAAGUCACCCUAUGCACCUCGGACCAUCAUUGGCCACUUAGUACUCCCCUCCUUUUACUCAGAGUUUCAAAGAAAACACUGACAGAAAUUCUCUGUGAACAGACAGGAGGGAGUCUGAUAUCCCCUGAAAGGAAAAAAGUGUUUACUUCUGCUCUUACUGUACAGAAAACAGUGAAGUAUUUAAGAAGAUAAAAGUGAAAUCAUUUGAUAGAGAUAUUUGAGAACUUUUGCACAAUAAUGUCUAGUUUAUUUAUGAAAAGGGUGGCCAUCACAGUUGAAGUCAGUCUCACAAUUUGAUGCAAUUCUGUAACUAGGCUACCUUGUGCAAUCCCAUUAAACAUGCUUAAGCACGUCAGUUGCUUCAUUGCAUUAAGAGGCAAAACAUCUAUAAGACAUGCGAAUAUAAACUGGAUAGAAAUGAGCCAUUCUCACUUUGUAAAAUAGAAUCUUGCUUUAAUACAGCAGGACUGAUGUAAUACAUUGAUCAUGUCAUGUGUUACUUUUUUUUUACGUAAUAUUAGUGUGUCUUUUUGUUUUUGUUUUGGUCCAUGAUGACACACAUUUGUUUUUCCAUAUACAUGUACUUUAUGUUUCUGACUAUUCUAAUGUUACAAUAAUACACGUCUGUAAAAUCCACAUUUUGGAUAUCUGGAUUUCUAGACAGAUAAACAUCUAGAUAAACGUCGAGGUGAAAAAGGUCUGUUGAUUUUCAAGAUAUAAGAUGAACUGACAAUGUACCGUAUGAAUAUGAACUGGAUUUUGUUGGGGAAAGUUGUUUUUUUUUUUUUUAAUAGCAGUGGUGCCAGUGUAGUUCAGAUCAUUUACUGACCUAACAUAGCUUAUAAAUUCAAAACUACAAUUCAUGUCACGGUGUAUGUAUCUUGCUGCACAGAUAACACAAUGGUUGAGACCUCUGGAUGGACUUGAUCCCAGAGAGCUAAUGACCAUCACACGGACUGUACAAGCAGAUCUGUUCACACCUUCACUCUGUAUCAUGACAGCGUUCUUGCCUUCAAACUGAAAUGCUUGCUUAACGAUGUAUAUUAUUUAUGUUGCUCCAAUAGUUGUUUAUGUGAAGUUCUAAAAGACAAAAAAUGAAUAUUUUGUUUAAGUUUAAGAUGAAGUCUAAGCAUUUUCGAAGAUGCUAUAAUCUAUGUGGCAAAGGGUCAGCUCUUAUCUCUUUGUAUAUAAACUGUCUGCCCCUCUUUCCUGAGGGUAAAACGUUGUUGACAUACCCUGUUUUGAUCCUGUGGACACUUUUGCAAGGAGUUGUUUUGAAAGCUUGUAUCACUGUGCAAUUUUUGUAGCAUUUGUGAAAGACUGAUUAAAGGUAUGGGUCACUUGUUGGUA